GUGGCACGUGCAGUCUCAGUGAGGACUACAAACCCAGAGGAAGACCCGGACCCGGAGCUCGCUUUCUCUUCUCUCCGCCACUUUUCAACCGGAGUACACUCCUCCUCCUCCUCCUCCUCCUCCUCCUCCUCCUCUUCUUCCUCUGUUGGGUGUUUUUCAGUCCUCCUCCCUCCUGAUAUCGAUUAUUGAUCGUCAUUUCUCCGCUGAUCAGCAGCAGCUCUCCUCAGAAACAGUCCGCUCUGUUCAGCAUCAUGACGGAUUUUCCUUUCAGCCUCCUCAGACCUGAACCGGGUCUGGAGCCGCGCGGAGUCACCCGGUCCUCCAUCAACCGAUAAUCAAUACGGGUGAGUGUUUAUCGAUGAUGGCUUCACCCUCACUGGAGACGGAUCCGGUCUGAGCAAAGAUCAGACUCGGAGCUUCUUCAUCGGGUUGUUUCUGGAGGAUGGACUCAGCUGUGAAAAAUCAUCACGGAUUAAAACCUCUCACCACUUAAUAACGCGCUGCCCGCUGACGUCACCAGGCGCUGCGCUCCCAUUGGUCGCUGUGUGAGGAUCUAGAAUGCGUGGCGCGGCGGGUUCUCAGCUCUAACCGCAGUGGGCCUGCAGGGGGCGAUGGCAACCGCCUACACCAGCCGGGACCUGGUGGAGGAUUACCUCAGGUACAAGCUGCUCAGCAGGGGCGUGGCCUGGCGUUUCCCGCCGCCGCCGCCGUCACCUCCGCGCCAACGCAACCAAGUUUCGUCAUCAUCAUCGUCAUCACCGUCAAGGAGAUCUGGGACGUCACACCGAGACGUCCAACCAGGUGAGAACCACGCCUGCCCACUACUGCUGCUACAAGUACUGUUACUCCACUACUCACGUUACUAUCCCUGUUUGGCUCCGCCCCGAGUGCAGGUGGCUCUGAGGCGCGCCGGUGACAAGCUGGAGCGCCGUUACCGCGGCAACCUGUCGGCCCACGCGUCGGCGCUGCUGCUGCGCGCGGACGACGGCGGGCGGGCGGCGCUGCGGCGGAGCCUGGCGGUGGUCAGGGAGGAGCUGUUCAGGGACGGGGUGAACUGGGGGCGUAUCGUGGCCAUGAUGGAGCUGGGAGGGGCUCUGAGCGCCGAGGCGGGCGGCGCCGGGCAGGUGGACGACAUCGCCAGGUGGAUGGAGGAGAGUCUGGACUCGGCGCCGCUCCAGGGAUGGAUAGAGGACAACGGAGGAUGGGAUGCCUUUGUGGAGUUGUACGGCGAGUCCAGACCUCCAGCCAGUUUCUGGUCUCUGAGGACAGUGUUUGGACUGGCUGUACUGGGAGCAGCUGGGAUCACAUUGGGAGCCCUGUUCACCCAGAGAUAACUCCGGCUCCGGGUCCAGACUGAUCCGACCCGGGCCGGUCUGAACCGAUCUGAUCCUGCCCGACCAGCAGCCUCAGAGCUGCAGUUUCUCUGACGUCCACUAGAUGCUGCUGUGACCAGAUGAUGAGGGAGAAAACCUCCAGCUUCUCUCUGCAGGAAGAGAUUUUCAAAAUAAAACUUCAGACACAUCCACAAAAAUAAACCUCAGGUGGUAACAAACUGUUCUAAAGGUUUAAAGUAAUGGAAGCUUUCAUGCUAUCUGGCAAACAACACAAUGAAAACCCCUCAGAAUUACCUUCAUUACAUCAUUAUUAUCAAACCACCAAUCAGACCAGCAGGAUGAAGUUAAACUGAGGGUUUCAGUUUGUCAGAGGUGAGACAGUUUCAGAAUCAGCUCUGCUCCUCCUUAAAACAAAGAUUCAUUUAAUUACAGCUGAGUUUACUCCUCCAGUUUCCCCUGCUUCCAGUCAGCAUGCUAAGCUAGGCUAACAGUUUCCCCUGCUUCCAGUCACUGUGCUAAGCUAGGAGUGGUGGAUACAGAGAUGAAACUGACUGGGGACGAGAGAGAACAGGAGAAUUUAAGUGAAAUCAUUAAAGGUCAAAGACACGCCAGACGCUUUGUCUUCACAGUUUCCAGUUUGUGAGCAGAGAGAAACUGUUUGUCAGGCAACAUGUUCACCAACAAACAGAGACAGAAACAAAACCUGGAGAAAGACUGAAGCUGCUGUCAGAGAGACUGUCGGCAGCAGGUGAUCAGACAGACGCUGCUUUAUCUCUACGUUAACUGAAGUCUCCACAGUCAAAGACGCAGCUCUGUGGAGGCUGAAGCACUGCACUGGUUUAUGAUGCUCAGACAGGAUUUUUAAGUGGUCACAGUCAAUCAGCUCAUAUAUCAAACACACUGUGUCUACAACAGGAACAAACACAGCUGACUCACACCCAGAGAUUUUACAGACUCAUCUGAUCAGAGAAGAACCUCAGCUUCUUCAAACUGUUUAUUUCAGGUUCUUAAGACGGUUCUGUGCAGAAGUGAUGAUGAAGAACAGAUUACAUCUAAUCUGACAUCACACAGACAUCAGAGCUGCAGAGAACAUGAAGAGGAUUUCAGGUUCCUGUCUCUCCACAGCAUCAGAUUAUUUCCAUGCUGAUGACGAAUGGUUUUGUUGUUGCUCUUCACAGUUUGACAGUUUCCACUGUGUAAAUAUCUGUAAACUCUGAGGACCAUCUUAAUUCAUCUGUCUGGUUUUUAAAAAGCUGUUGGAUCCUGAACUGAACAUCACAGCCGAGUUUGUUGGUUCAUCAGGUUUUUAAUGCACUUUGUUUUUCUUAUGAAGGAGUGAAGGUGACGGCAGCAGAUGCAGAUCUGAUGAAUAAAAACAUGGAUUACA